AUGGCUACAGUAGUGUGGACCCUCGAUCACUCUGACUCUCCUCCUGAGACUGAAGCAAGUUCUAUCCAAGGUGCCGAUGGCAGUAAGAACGAGAAGAACGAGAAGAACGAAAACGUUCGAGUUGUUGUAGAACCACUUCCUCUGGGAGAGCCACUUAAGGAUACCAAGAAAUACUGGUGGCCAAGAUCGCGACCUGUUGACCCUGAUGCUAUUGCAACUCAGAUAUCUGUCUACGACGAUCCAGAGGUCGCUAAGUUGUACAUACCCAGACCAGAUUGUGAGAAUCUUCAUCGGUUUGACCCUUCAGCUCGCUGGACAUGGCGCGAAGAAAAGGCUUUAGUAAGGAAGAUAGAUCUCAGAAUCUUCCUCUUUGCUUGUGUAGCCUUUAUGUCUCUGGAGAUUGACCGCGCCAAUCUCACUCAAGCUGUGUCAGACAACUUCUUGAAGGAUCUGAAGCUGACGACCAAUGAUUACAAUCUUGGAAACACUGUCUUCACAGCUUCUUUCAUGUGUGCAGAGUUGCCUUCCCAGCUGGUCUCAAAAUGGAUGGGGCCUGAUCGAUGGAUCCCAAUGCAGAUGAUUUUGUGGAGCAUAGUAGCUGCAUCACAGUUCAAAUUGAACGGCCGCGCAUCAUUUCUAGCUACUCGUUCCUUAUUGGGAAUCCUUCAGGGCGGAUUUAUUCCUGAUAUGAACCUAUAUCUAUCUUGCUUCUACAGUAGUGCAGAGUUACCAGGUCGCCUGUCCUGUUGGUGGUCCACGAUGACAAGUGCAAUAAUCAUUGGCGCUUUCAUGGCCUUUGGUAUUCUCCAUUUGGACGGCAAACACGGCGUAGAAGGUUGGCGAUGGCUUUUCUUGAUUGAAGGGAUCUUCACUGCUGUUGCGAGUCUUUCAGCCUUCUUCUUCAUGCCUGCAAGUCCUACUCAGACCGCGGGCAGACUGAGGGGCAAGAAAGGGUGGUUUACUGCACGAGACGAGACGAUAAUCGUCAAUAGAGCUCUCCGUAACAAUCCUUCCAAAGAAACAAUGCAUAACAGGCAACCUAUCACACCCUACCUACUAUUAAAGUCGCUCAAAGAUUACCACCUGUGGCCAAUAUACUUGAUUGGACUUGUCUUCCAAAUGCCUAUGGGUCCUCCUAACCAAUACCUGACUCUGAGUCUCAAAGGCCUUGGAUUCGAUACUUUCCAAACCAAUCUUUUGGAUAUACCAAGUCAGGUCCUCUCGAUUAUCAAUCUACUAGCCUUCACCCAGCUCGCCGGUCUCACGAAUGGGCUUGCUUUCAACGGAAUCAUUGGUCAAGUGCAGGCUUCGGCGCCGAUAUUAAAUUAUUCGAUAAUAUCCCUGGUCAAGUGUGGGCAUUGCCAUUUCUCAUCGCCCUUCACAUAUUUGCUACUCGGCUAUCCGUCCAAUCAUUCUGUUCAAGUUGGCUGGGCUUCACGCAACGCAAAUACGGUCCGUACCAGAACAGUAUCAACUGCCAUGUAUAACAUGUGCGCACAAGCAGGUUCAAUCGUGUAUUCCAACAUAUACCGCGCAGACGAUGCACCACGGUAUCGUCGAGGAAAUAAGGACUUGAUUGGGAUUGUCAGCCGAAACAUCGUCUUGUGUCUUGUGGUAAACUUCUACUACGAUUGGGUAAACAAGAGAAGAGACAAGAUCUGGAAUGCUUGGACUCCGGAAGGGAGGGAGAAUUACCUCCAAACAACAAAGGACGAGGGGAGUAACAGAUUGGACUUCAGAUUCACUCGCUGAUGCGUUGUGUCUCGGCCGAUAUACGUGGAGAAAUAGUUCGCUCAUGCAAGGGAGUUCAGGAGCCGCACUGUUGGAGACUUGAUUUUCAUUUGUCGUAUAAGAUGGUACAUGAGACUCUGUCGGUUGAUUGUAGAUGAUGAUGAAGAUUCACUGUCUCUAAUGUUAAUAAUUCAUCAUUGCAGACUGAAAAAUAUUCCUUCCUUCGAAAGCUAAGUGUGCACGUGCCAAAGCACUUUGUAUACAGUUUCAAAAUUUCAAGC